GACACAUUCAAAAAAGGCCUCUCUGUUUACUUUCACAAGCUUUACGUUUUCUUCAUUAUUACACUUUCUCUCUACCCCCUCUUUUCCUUGAACCAGUGCUGUAGUUAAUCAUCGAACUGCCUAUUCUGUACAGACAAAGAGGCGUAUCUUCAUAGAGAAGGAAAUUACUUAGUGUGUGUUUCAGAGAGAGUACAGAGGAAGAGAGAGAGAGAGAGAAAUGGAGAGAAAGGAAGUAGUGGUGUGUGCAGUUGCGGGGUUUCUGGGGCUACUGUCUGCUGCUUUGGGUUUCGCUGCAGAGGACAAGCGGAUUAAGGGUUCUCAGGUUCAGUUUUCCUCUCGUUCUGACUGUGUAUAUCCCAGGAGUCCAGCUCUGGCACUUGGAUUAACUGCGGAUGUGGCUCUUAUGAUUGCGCAAAUUAUCAUCAAUGUUGCAGCUGGGUGUUUCUGUUGCAAAAGAGGUCCUCAUCAGUCAAACUCUAAAUGGACACUAGCACUUGUCUGCUUUGUUGUCUCCUGGUUCACUUUUGUUAUUGCAUUCCUUCUGUUGCUAACUGGUGCGGCACUUAAUGAUCAACAUGGCGAAGAGAACAUGUACUUUGGCAACUACUAUUGCUAUGUUGUAAAGCCUGGAGUCUUUGCAGGAGCUGCUGUCUUGUCUCUUGCAAGUGUUGUUCUCGGAAUUCUCUAUUAUCUCACCUUGACUUCGGCAAAGAACGUGAAUGAUCCAUGUAGUGGACUUGCAGUCCCUAAUCCCAGUAGCAUUGCCAUGGGACAGCCCCAAUUACCAUCACAAAACAUUCACAAUCCAGUAUUUGUGCAUGAAGAUACCUAUAUGAGGCGGCAACUCACUUGAUCACUUCUAAUGGUAGCAAAAAUCUCUGAUCGGUCUCGUAUGAUUUCCCUCUGAUAGUUUCAAAGAUGAAUAUUGGACGUUUUCUGGCACAUAUUUUUGAGGCAUACAAGUAUAUUUUUGUUGAAUUAUGUAAGAUUGUUGGUUUGUGUUAGUGCAGAAAGAGCCUAUUCUUCUCAAC